GCAAGGAAAACACAACACACAUUUGGAUACAUGCAUGACAGGAUAUGUGACACAGACAAAGUAUAAGCUAACAUUGAAAACUGACUCAUAGUUUACUCUGAUGAUGUACGGCUCUGACAUUAAACAUACUCCAUAGAUAGCUAGCAGUAAAAUUCAAACAGUAUGUAAGUUAGCAUAACAGUAUAGUGAAGGCGAUGCAGAGUUGACUGGUGGAAAAAAGGGAGUUGGAAGCAGAGGGCUGGAGGAAGGUCAGCAGCAGCAUCCCACAGUGGACAUGAUGGAGACUGGACCAGCUGGUGGAACAUCAACCACAGAUCUGAAGCAUCCAGCUCUGGGACCAGGGACACUCAGAGAAAUAGCACAGGGGGAAACAGAGUGAAUGUACUGCAAUAACGGUAUACAUAUUAAAUGUAAAGGUAGAUAGAGAAGGGCUCAGUGCGUCAAGAGAAGUCCCCCAGCAGCCUAGGCCUAUAGCAGCAUGACUAGAGGCAGAACGAAGGGACGUCCAAGAGGGAGUCAGCUGUGCAAUGAAGACACAAGCCGAACCCCUGUGGGUCACCCAGUCAGCCCCAACUAUAAGAUUUGUCAAAAAGGAACGUUUUAAGCCUGGUCUUAAAAAUAGAGAGGGUAUCUGCCUCCCGAACCCAAACUGGGAGCAGGUUCCACAGGAGAGGAGCUGAUAACUGAAGGCUCUGCCUCCCAUUCUACUUUUAGAAAUUCUAGGAACAACAACUAAGCCUGCAGCUUGAGAGCGAAGAGUUCUACUAGGAUAAUAAGGUACUAUCAGAUCUUUAAGAUAUGAUGGAGAUUGGUUAUUAAGAGCUUUAUAUGUCAGAAGAAGGAUUUUAAAUUCUAUCCUGGAUUUAACAGGAUUUACAGCAUUUUUGUAAUCUGAUACCAGAGAAAUAUUCUACUGCAGCAGUAAUCUGAUUACUGAGGAGCUUGGAGGAGGUCUGUGCUCUCCACUGGACAAGUAAUCUGAUUACUGAGGAGCCUGCAGUUUCUGGUGAGUCUCUCCCUCAUCUACCUGUGAGUGUGAUUGUGUGUCUGUAUAUGUAGCCCUGUGACAGACUGGUGACCUGUCCAGGGUGUCCCCUGCCUUCACCAGAGUCAGCUGGGAUAGACUCCAGCACCCCCCAUGACCCUAGUGAGGAUAAAGCGGUGGAUAGAGGAUGGAUGGAUGGAUGGAUGGAUGGAUGGAUGGAUGGAUGGAUGGAUGGAUGGAUGACAUUUCAAUUGGUAUUAUGUUCCAAAGUUUGCAGCCUCUGACUGAAAAAGCAGACUGUCCAGAAGCGGCUCUGUGGCGUUGAAUCCUGCAGUUUCCUUCCACUGUAUUUUUUCUGUACAUUGCAAUGAUGCCACGGAUAGUUUUUUAUCCAUUAUUUUCAGAGCCUGGUUUUAGAAUGCAGAGACUGUUCUUACUGCAGAAGGUGAAGCUUGAGCCCACACUGUCAAACAAUAUAUGAAAAAAUCACAGAGUGCAUGAAGAUCUGAGCUGCUGAGUUGGAACAUAGGGUCUAAUUAAUGUGAAACACUUCAGAUUACUCUUUACAGUCUUUGUGAUUUUCUUAAUAUUGUGGAUCUAAAAUUACUCCUCGGUAUUUAAUCUCAUUCACCUCUGUAUUCCUGUAUUCUUUAUUUUAACAUGUAAACUUGCUCAUCCCGGUGUUUCACGUUGUGACGUUUCCUUCUGGACUCCGGCGGGUCCCGCCCCGCAUCGGCACCGUUCUACCGGAGCCGUUCUACCGGAGCCGUUCUACCGCCCCGCUGCUCUGACCGGACACAGGCGAUGGACGGAGCAGCCAAUCGCAGCGCAGAACAGUGUCUCCAUGGUGACGGCGGAUAGUUUGGGGAGGAGGGGGGGAGGGGCGGCCUCGCUGUGAAAUGAAAAAAACAACAGGUAUGGCAGGAACGUCCAGACACGACCAUGAGAUGGCGCUGAAGGCGAAGCAUCAGCUGUCUGCGUGUUCUGACCCGGUAGAGAAGCUCCGCCUCCAGUGUCUGACACGGGGCUCUUCAGGGAUCAAAGGCUUGAGCAGAACCUUCAGGAUCAUGGAUGACAACAGCAGCCGCUCUCUGGACCUAAAGGAGUUCCUGAAGGGUCUCAGUGACUUCGGGCUGCUGCUGGAGAAGGAGGAGGCCAUGCAGAUGUUCCAAAAGUUGGACCGUGACGGCAGCGGAGCCAUCGACCUGGACGAGUUCCUGGUGGCUCUUAGGCCGCCCAUGUCCAAGGCCAGGAAGCAGGUGGUUCUGGAGGCCUUUAGGAAGCUGGACCGGACGGGGGACGGGGUGAUCACGGUGGAGGACCUGCAGGGGGUCUACAAUGCCAAGCACCACCCCAGAUACCAGAACGGGGAGUGGACGGAGGAGCAGGUGUUCAGGACCUUCCUGGACAACUUCGACUCGCCAUACGACAAAGACGGGAAGGUGACCAAAGAGGAGUUCAUGAACUACUACUGUGGCGUCAGCGCCUCCAUCGACAGCGACGUCUACUUCAUCCUGAUGAUGAAGAAUGCCUGGAAGCUCUGAGAAGAACCGGCACCAGCUGUUCCCUCUUUAUUUCAUUCCUUCCAGUGAAGUAGAAACCAUCAGCACUGGAGGACGUUUCAAAUCCCAAAAUCCACGUAUUACCCUAAAACCUGCAGCAGUAGUGAGAGCAAAUCUAUAAAAACUAGGAGAAAAGAAUGUUUUAAUAUUUUAAACCCCAAAUAAGUCUGGAGUUCCCCUACAGUCCCGUUUUUCUCUGGUCCACCUGAUGGAUCGCUAAUAAAACAGAAUCUAAUUUGAA